AUGGCGUACUCUCCCGAGAUGACGUCCGACGACGGCCUCGAAUUCCGUCAACGGCGAGGGCGACGACAACCCCGGUCGAGCCCCGAGUAUUCUUCCUCCGAGGGUCACUUGCCCCUCGGCCAUGAGCCAGAGCUGGAGCCGGUCCGGGUGCCGGAGAUGAAUCACGAAGCGGACGAGGAGCACGGCAAGAGAAAAAAGACCAUCGGCCGUACGCCGGACGGUACAGUCUUCGUCGUGCCCACGACGCACGACAUGGUGUCGCAGCUGCUUGAUCCUCGCCAGCCCAAAAACCUCUCCGACAUGAUCGUCAUCGCCAUCCUCGCCCUUCACAUCCUCGCCGCCUGCAUGCUGCCGUCGGCCUGGAAGAAGCCCGUCUUCGCCAUCGUCUUCGUCUGCUGGCGAGCCGCCUACAACGGUGGCAUCGGCCUCCUGCUGCACGUCCAGUCCAGCCACCGCCGCCUCAUCACCUGGGCCCUCCGCUGGAAGCUCUUCGAGAACCCCGAGUCGGGCCAGAAUCCCCGCCCCUGGCUCUACCGCCUUCUCAAGCGAGAGCUCGAGGCCAAGAUCCCCCAAGACUACGACUUCGAAACGGCACCGAUCGAGUACAACACGUGGCUGGUCUUCCGCCGCGUCGUCGACUUGAUCCUCAUGUGCGACUUCGUCUCCUACAUUCUCUUCGCCUGCGUCUUCGGCCAGACGCCCAAGGGAGAGAGCAUCCUCAUGGGCGUCGCCCGCUGGACCAUCGGCUUCGCCCUCAUCGGCUUCAACCUCUGGGUCAAGCUCGACGCCCACCGCGUCGUCAAGGACUUUGCCUGGUACUGGGGUGACUUCUUCUACCUCAUCGACCAGGACCUCACCUUUGACGGCGUCUUCGAGAUGGCCCCGCACCCCAUGUACUCGAUCGGCUACGCCGGCUACUACGGCAUCUCCAUGAUGGCCGCCAGCUACGAGGUCCUCUUCGUCUCCAUCAUCGCCCACCUCGCCCAGUUCGCCUUCCUCGCCACCGUGGAGAAUCCCCACAUCGAGAAGACGUACAACCCUCCCCAGCCGCGCCAGCGGACCUUGAGUCGGAGCCAGAGCGACACCGUCAUCAGCGUCGACUCGUCCGACCUGCCCGACCGUGCGACGCCGGCCUCGUCGGCCGCCGCCUUCCCUCUGCACGAGCCGCCAACGGCCGUCCACGACAUGGUCGGCUUCAAGAACGUCGACAUGUUCCGUGUGCCCGACUGCGUCGCCGUCGUCCUUCCGCUCUACGUCGUCAUCCUCACGCUCGUCACAUCCUCGACGCCCGCCUGGCAGGCGGUCUUUGUCGCUCACGCCAUCGCUUGGCGCAUGUGGUACCAUCUCGGUCUCGGUCUGAUCCUCGACAGGCAGUCCAAGACCAAGAUGUGGACCCGUCACUUUCUCAAGUUUGGCGAGAGCAGCAACGAGGCCUGGCGCCAGUGGAAGGGCAUGCACCACAUCAGCAUGAUCCUGUGCAACACGGCCCACGUCGCCGCCUGCUGGAAGAUGUACUCGCCCCCCGACGACUGGUCCCACGGCAUGGGGCUCCUGAAGCACGUCAUGGGCGUUUCCCUCGUCGCCCUGCAGGUCUGGACCGCCGUGAGCGUCCACAACUCCCUCGGCGAGUUCGGAUGGUUCUGCGGCGACUUUUUCUUCGAUCAGGAGGCCAAGCUCACCUACACCUCUAUCUACCGCUUCCUCAACAACCCGGAGAGGAUCUGCGGAACCGCCGGCGUGUGGGGCGCCGCCCUCAUCACGAGGAGCAGGUCCAUUCUCUUCAUCGCCAUCGUCACCCAGGCCUUGUCCCUCUUCUACCUCUCGUGCAUCGAGAGGCCACACAUGCAAAAGGUCUACGGCCGAAGCCUGCGCCGGGAGGCCGGCCUGACCAAGUUCAUCAAGCGGUCGCUGCCGCCGCCCGUCAAGGUGUGGCAGGAGAGCGUCGACAAGGUCCUCGACGGCACCACGCAGUUUGUCGAGGACUUCCUCGACGCCGCGCGGCCCAAGUUUGCCUCCGGCGUCAAGACGAUUGUGCGCGAUACCUCGGCGCUCUUCAACAUGGCCCCCGCUCGACUCACCAUCACGAGAAUUGCCCCGGACCUCGAGGGUCUCGAUCCCAAACAGUACUCGCUCUCCGUCGAGGGGACCGCUUCCGUCAACCCCUCGUCGAGGGACCGCGCCACUGGCAAGGAGAGCUUCACCGGCCGGUUUCCCAAGGCCGUCAAGACCAUGAUGUACGAAUACGGCUCCCCCUUGAAGGUCAAGUGGCGGGCACCGGCGAACCACGGCAAGAAGGAUUGGAUCGGCCUCUACAUGGUGACGGACAACCGGUCCAGGGACGUGACCGAGGUGACGUCUCUCGGUCGCUGGGCGCCCACCAACGUGGGCGCCUACGACGACAGCUCGACGACCGACAGCACCAUCGUGACGCCGGAGCAUAUCGUGUCCAAGUCGGAGUCAUCGGAGCCCGGCAUGGUCGAGGGCGAGGUCAUAUUUACGGGCGAUAGGCUCUGGUGGACGCAAAACGUCUUCGAGUUCCGAUACCACCACGACGGAACGCACAACACCAUGGCCAUCUCGGAACCGUUUGAGAUUGGCAUCGGCCAGUUCGCCGACGAGGACAAUGGCGGCGAAGCCAAGGGCAUGUGUGCGAGGUCGGUCGAGUCUGCCAUCCUUCCGGUGAUACAGAACUGUCUCGACCGCGACCCCGACAUCGCGCCGAGCACGCCGGAUGAACCGUUUGGCAACCACGUUGAGCGAGAUGGCAAGUAUGCAAAGAGAAUUGUGUAUGCGAUCCGCGAGAUGUUUGGCAUCGAGUUUGCGCCAGCCGUUGUCCUCGCGGAUGGCAACGUGCGGAAGCUCGCCUGGAGAAUCUGCAAUGCCAAGAAUGUGUUGGCGCCAUAUAGCAUGUCUCAGUCGAAGGGUACUACGACACCCGCUGUCCAGGAGUUUUGA